AACUCGGUUUAAUGGAGUCGAAUUGGUGAAAAGGACCCAAAACAAGUGAUUUUCCCUAGGAAAUAGACUCUUUUAUACUCAAAAAGUAGUGCUAUAGGACAGAAAAGUAGCUUCGCCAAGGAUUACAGUGUUAUCUUAUGAGCUCGGAAAGCCAGAAAACAGACGACGAUUCAAGGGCUUCUCAAGGAUCGUCGUCCCCAGAGUCGCAGGACACAGAGACGAUCCUGCUGUCCAGCGUCGGAUUUCUUCCUGAGGUGCUCGACGCCCAGGCGUGCAGCAGUGCUGAAAAAGAGGAGGAGAUGAAGCGGCAGGCUGUGAAGAAGCGCAUCGAGCGCUACUUCUACCAAUUGCUGGAGGGAUGUGGCAAUUCUGAGUGUGGCAAUCGCUUCUGCGCCUCCAGUGGCAAGGUGCCCGCGCUGACACCCGACCAGGCGGCCGCCAGGGCGCUUCAGCUGUUCGCCGAGGAGGCCACACUCUGCACAUCUGUGCAACCGUCCAAAGUAGCGAGAACUGAGGGCAGUGAAACUCAUCCCAGUUCAUCAGAUUCCAGUUCAGAGCCGAUGGCGUGCACGAAAGGUGACGAAUCUCCGUCGCAGUCCUCGAGUCACACCAACUCUAGUCAGGAGUCACACAGGGACACCAGGGAGGGAUGCACGCACCUUGACGAGGAGGUGAUUGAGGGCCUGGUGGUCAGUUGCAUCGAGAAGAACUCACCGCUGUUGCUGAUUCGCAGUCUGGGGGCGAUUUUUUCGUCCACUGACGCCGUGGCGGCCAGUUUUCGUGCCCGAGCGGUGACGCCUAUUGAUUUGCUGUUGCGAAAGGCGCCGCAGAAGGAUCUGAGACAGCUGACGAAAGAGGAUCUACGCUCGUUGGAGGGGGAUUUGGACAAGGAUGAGGACAGCUCGUGUGCUGGCAAGGAAACCCCACCGGAAAUCCAUGAGACUGACGUGGACGUAGUGGGAUUGAGGCGAUCGGUGAAGCAACUGUUCGGCCUGGACGAUCCUGAGGCCAAUAAGCCGAGGAACACGUUUCCGGUGUUCGAGCCAGUGAAUAAUGCCCUCCAGACGCUCGCGACGUCACUUAAGAUGGACCUCGAGGUCACGACACAGCGAGAUGCCAUCGAGGACAUCAUCAGGAUCUUUGUCAUUGUCUUCGAAGUGAUGUGCAUCUCUCCCACGGAAUUCCUCGAAGGCGCUCUCACGAGGAUGGCCAGCGCCGUGGUAAGCUUACCGACGUGGGCUCAGGCGCGUCUUGCGUGGAUUUGGGCGCGGAAUUGUACGCCGAUUCUGCGGCCGCUGCUGGAAUCACUGCAGCAGAUCAUCACACUUCAAGUGAUUCCCACGAUGAUUCCCGUGCAGGACAAUGAAGUGAUCGUAAAUGCCACGAAGCUGAUGAAGAUCCUGUACUACGCGGACAUCCUGGCGGGUGAGGUGGAUCCCGUGCAGCUGCGCGAGGAGGAUGUGGCCAGCGCUGAGGCUGGUGACGAGGAUCUCGAGGCCACGGCGCGAUGGAGUUUUGACGAUGUAAAAUUCGCCGCCACGGCGAAGGCGGACGCUCUGGCACAGGAAGUGGGCGUGCAGCCGGUGGACGCAAGGCGUCCAUUUCUACCACUGGCGGAGUUCUACAAUGAGUCACUGAGUGACACCAUCGAGAUGGACUAUGACUAUCUGAACUACAAGAACAUGCACAUGGAUGAGAAGAACAUGAACAAGAAGUUUUGCUUCAUGCUGUACUCAUUCAUCCUCACGCCGGCCACGAAGACAUUGGCGCUGUACUACGACAGUCGCAUCCGGAUGUACAGCGAGCGGCGGAUUAACUUGUUCACCACCCACUUGUCAGGACAGACGCCCAAUCCAUAUCUGAAGCUGAAGGUGCGGCGGGAGCACUUGAUUGACGACGCUCUGAUUGAGCUGGAGAUGAUCACGAUGGAGAACCCGAAGGAUCUCAAGAAGCAACUCGUGGUGGAGUUCAUGGGUGAGCAGGGAAUUGACGAAGGUGGCGUGUCCAAGGAGUUCUUCCAGCUCAUCGUGGAGCAGAUCUUCAAUCCAGACUAUGGCAUGUUUAUUAAUCAAGAUGACACGAACACCAUGUGGUUCAAUUCAACAUCCUUUGAGAAUGAGGCGCAAUUCACACUGAUUGGCAUCGUGUUAGGACUAGCAAUAUACAACAAUAUCAUUCUGGCUGUGAACUUUCCCAUGGUGGUCUACAGAAAACUCCUCGGCAUCCGUGGCUCCUUCCCAGAUCUCGAGGACUGGAAUCCCAAGCUGUUCAGGAGCCUGAAGGUGAUGCUGGAGGACGACGAGUCAGACAUGGAGGCGGUGUACAUGCAGACAUUCGAGAUUAACUACCAGGAUGUGUUCGGGAAUGUGCUGAGGCACGAACUGAAGGCCAAUGGGCGCGACAUUUCCGUGACGCAGGAGAACAAGCGGGAGUUUGUCGAUCUGUACAGCGAUUAUCUCCUGAAUGGGGCCAUCGAGAGGCAGUUUUCUGCCUUCCGCAAGGGUUUCAGAAUGGUGACGGAUGAGUCACCGCUGGGGCUGCUCUUCCGGCCUGAGGAGGUGGAGUUGCUUGUGUGCGGCAGCAAGGAAUUUGACUUCGAGGAAUUGCAGGCGUCCACGGACUACGAUGCCGGAUACACGGCGGAGUCGCCCGUGAUUCGCAACUUCUGGGAGAUCGUGCAUGCGCUGCCCGUGGAGGCGCAGCGGCAGCUGCUGGAGUUCACCACGGGCAGCGAUCGUGUGCCCGUGGGCGGCCUGAGCAGGCUGAAGAUGGUGAUUGCGCGCAAUGGGCCGGACAGCGAUCGGCUGCCCACCAGCCACACGUGCUUCAACGUGCUGCUGCUGCCCGAGUACGCCAGCAAGGAGAAGCUGAAGCUACUGCUGCUCAAGGCCAUCAGCUACUGCAAGGGAUUCGGCAUGCUCUGAGGGGGGAAAAGGACGACUCAAAGACGAUGAUGACAGUAAAUAAGUCAAGAAAAGUGUAACCGAAGAUUUUCUCUUGCUUCUUGCGGGAUU